AUGGAACGUGCUCGGAGGCUUGCCAACAGUGCCAUUCUCAAGAGGCUAAUUUGUGAGACCAAGCAUUUCGGGAAGAACGAUUUUCUCUUGAUCCAUUCGAGGUGCGUGUCAUCGUCACUUUCUCACACUGCUUUCAGAGGCAACAACAACAACAACAACAGGAAGAACCUCUCACGCAAUGUUGGGUUUCGAUCCAUUUCCGUUGAGGCGCUCAAACCCAGCGACACUUUCCCUCGGCGCCAUAACUCUGCCACCCAACAAGAACAGAGCAAGAUGGCUCAGACAUGUGGGUUCCAUGAUCUUGACUCGCUCAUCGAUGCCACCGUGCCCAAAUCGAUUCGUCUGAAGGAGAUGAAGUUCGGCACGUUCAACGAGGGGUUAACAGAGGGCGAAAUGAUCGAGCACAUGAAGUGUUUGGCGUCGAAGAACACGUGUUUCAAGUCCUACAUUGGAAUGGGGUAUUACAACACGCACGUGCCACCUGUGAUCUUGAGGAACAUCAUGGAAAACCCAGCAUGGUAUACUCAGUACACUCCUUACCAGGCUGAGAUAUCUCAAGGGCGUCUUCAGUCAUUGAUGAAUUAUCAAACCAUGAUCACGGAUCUCACUGCUCUACCAAUGGCAAAUGCUUCUUUGCUCGAUGAAGGAACCGCUGCUGCUGAGGCUAUGUCUAUGUGUAAUAAUAUACAAAAGGGAAAGAAGAAAAGAUUUGUUAUUGCAAACAAUUGUCACCCUCAAACCAUUGAUGUUUGUAAGACCAGAGCUGCUGGUUUUGGCCUUGAGGUUGUUACUGUGGAUGUUAAGGAUGUUGAUUAUGGAUCUGGUGAUGUUUGUGGGGUUCUUGUUCAGUACCCUGGCACUGAGGGUGAGGCUUUGGAUUAUGGGGAGUUUGUUAAGGAAGCUCAUGCUCAUGGAGUUAAGGUUGUUAUGGCCACUGAUCUGUUGGCUCUGACUGUGUUGAAGCCUCCUGGUGAAUUCGGGGUUGAUAUUGUUGUUGGUUCUGCUCAGAGGUUUGGGGUUCCAAUGGGUUAUGGAGGUCCUCAUGCUGCAUUCCUUGCCACGUCACAAGAGUACAAGAGGAUGAUGCCCGGGAGAAUCAUUGGUGUCAGUGUUGAUUCUUCUGGAAAGCCAGCUUUGAGAAUGGCCAUGCAAACGAGGGAGCAGCAUAUACGAAGGGACAAGGCCACCAGCAACAUUUGCACUGCUCAGGCACUGCUUGCAAACAUGGCUGCUAUGUAUGCUGUAUAUCAUGGACCUGAAGGCCUUAAAACCAUUGCCGAACGGGUUCAUGGUCUUGCUGGGGUGCUUGCCCUGGGAUUGAAGAAACUUGGGACAGUGGAAGUUCAGGACCUUCCCUUCUUUGACACUGUGAAAAUUCAGACUGCCAAUGCUCAUGCAAUUGCUGAUGCUGCUUGCAAAAGUGAAAUAAAUUUGCGGGUUGUUGAUGGGAACACUAUUACUGUUGCCUUUGAUGAAACAACCACAUUGGAGGAUGUUGAUAAUCUGUUUAAAGUUUUCGCCGACGGCAAGCCUGUCCCCUUCACAGCUGCGUCUCUUGCACCAGAAGUUCAAACUUCACUUCCUUCUGGACUAAUUAGGAAGAGUCCUUAUCUGACAAACCCUAUCUUUAACACGUACCACACUGAGCAUGAGUUGCUCAGGUACAUUCAUAGGCUACAAUCAAAAGAUCUUUCAUUGUGCCACAGUAUGAUCCCUCUGGGAUCUUGUACAAUGAAGCUGAAUGCAACCACUGAAAUGAUGCCUGUGACAUGGCCUAGCUUUGCUAACAUGCACCCCUUUGCACCAAUUGAACAGGCUCAAGGUUAUCAGGAAAUGUUUGAAAAUUUGGGUAACCUGUUGUGUACCAUCACUGGAUUUGAUUCCUUCUCUUUGCAACCAAAUGCUGGUGCUGCCGGAGAAUAUGCUGGGCUGAUGGUUAUUCGUGCAUAUCAUUUGGCCAGAGGAGACCACCACCGCAACGUGUGUAUUAUACCUGUCUCAGCACAUGGUACAAAUCCUGCUAGUGCUGCUAUGUGUGGAAUGAAAAUUGUAUCUGUUGGAACUGAUGCCAAGGGAAACAUUAAUAUUGACGAGUUGAGGAAUGCUGCUGAAACAAAUAAGGACAAUUUAUCUGCACUUAUGGUUACAUAUCCUUCAACCCAUGGUGUUUACGAAGAAGGUAUUGAUGAGAUAUGCAAGAUUAUUCAUGAUAAUGGAGGUCAAGUAUAUAUGGAUGGUGCUAACAUGAAUGCACAGGUGGGACUUACAAGCCCAGGUUGGAUAGGAGCAGAUGUAUGCCAUCUGAAUCUCCAUAAGACAUUUUGCAUCCCUCAUGGAGGAGGUGGCCCCGGCAUGGGUCCUAUUGGUGUAAAGAAACACUUGGCACCAUUUUUACCUUCACAUCCAGUGGUUCCCACUGGUGGCAUUCCUGCCCCUGAGAAUUCCCAGCCACUUGGUACCAUUUCUGCUGCACCAUGGGGCUCAGCACUGAUAUUGCCUAUUUCAUACACUUACAUAGCCAUGAUGGGUUCUAAAGGACUCACGGAAGCAUCAAAGAUAGCCAUUUUGAAUGCAAAUUAUAUGGCAAAACGAUUGGAGAAUUAUUACCCUGUACUUUUCCGUGGAGUCAACGGAACAGUUGCUCAUGAAUUCAUUAUUGACUUGAGAGGCUUCAAGAAUACUGCUGGGAUAGAGCCUGAAGAUGUUGCAAAGCGCCUUAUGGAUUAUGGGUUUCAUGGACCCACAAUGUCAUGGCCUGUGCCUGGCACACUCAUGAUUGAACCCACUGAAAGUGAAAGCAAGGCUGAGUUAGACAGGUUUUGUGAUGCUCUUAUUUCCAUUCGACAAGAAAUUGCUGAAAUUGAGAAAGGAAAGGCUGACAUCAACAACAACGUACUUAAGGGAGCCCCUCACCCACCUUCGCUACUCAUGGAAGAUGCAUGGACCAAACCAUACUCCCGGGAAUAUGCAGCCUUCCCAGCUUCCUGGCUCCGCGUUUCUAAGUUUUGGCCUUCCACUGGACGUAUUGAUAAUGUGUACGGUGACCGCAACCUCGUUUGCACGCUUCUCCCAGUAUCACAGAUUGCUGAAGAACAAGCUGCUGCCACUGCCUAAUCUUCUUCCAUUCACUAGUAUUUUCAUUUGUAAACUGUAAAUAAACUCUUUCUAUCAUACUGUCUUUGCAAGCACUUCGCUUCAUUUAUUAUAAUCAUCAUAUCUUAAUGAUGAUAAUGUAGGAUUCAUCCAAC